AUGACUGGUAAGGGUGUCACUAUUGACAUCGGCAAGCGUCCCGAAGGAUCUGGAAAUCAAAAGGUCGAAAAGGAUACUAAAGGAUACUAUUAUGAGAGUGGCAAGGUAAGAGUUAAUCUUACGGAUGACUGGUUUCCUGACCCAGAAGGGACUUAUAGGAAGUUAACACAUAGUCUAAAGGAUGGGAACAUUGAAAGUAUUGUACAUAAAGGGAGUGCACUUUCUGGACUUACUGGCCUAGAAAGUCAUACCAGUGUUUCAGUCCUUUACUGGAGUAGCAAUUACCAGAAUCCCCUCCUCAUCCAACUUGGAAAUGAUGAAAAUGAAUACUACACUACUUCCGAUGGUAGUACUUGGACCAAUGCAAAUAUAAAUACUACUACUCUCAAGUCCAAGUUAGAUAAAGAGAACUGUACAAAGAACGGAGCUCACAUUAUAAAUCUUACAGAGAAGAGUAAUGGUAACUACAGGUGUCCAAAUGGUUGUAAAACAAAUAUCCAAGUAUCAUACAACAGUUCCUACGGAGGUAUCACCUUCUAUCAACCUACUAUUGGUUCUAACACUUUCUCAGUGACUAGUUUCAAGGAUGGUAGCAAUUGGCAACUUGGACUACCAUCUCUAAAGAGCGUCAGCCAGAUCAAGGUCGACUGGAAAGCUUCUGGUGAAACAAAUCCUCUCCUAUAUUUCUAUCAUCAAAGUAGACCGUAUAGAUACUUUAGAAGAAGCAGUAGUGAUAGUAAUACUUGGAUUGAAGUAUCUCUUGCUAAUGCUCAUCCUAACGGACAAACUCCUCAAAUUCCUCUAGAUCUCUCUAAAUCGUCUGGUAUAACAUACGAUGGUGGAGGUAGCAAAAUAAAUAUAACUGUGCUAAGAAGUCACAUAGGUGAGGGUUAUUACGGAUACCAGUAUUCUCUGAGAGGUGCAUCAUUUACAGUUGAGAGUGUUACCCAUAAUGGUACUCUGCUUACUGGUAUAUCUUUUCAAGGCACUCUAAUCAGUGUCUCUGGAUAUUACUACGGAGGAAAGAAUCCUACAGAUCAGUCUAACAUUCUUCUGAUUGAAGUGGUUGCUAGUGGGAACUCCAAAUAUUCAUACUAUCAAAAGAAAAAUAAGAGUUCUAAUGAAUGGACUGAACUUGAUAGAUCUGGUAAACGACUUGUUGACGAAGCUCUAAAGGUAAUACUGAUUAACCUUAAGAAAUUGAAGGAAACACUGGAUAAGCUUGACCAGUUAGAGGCUAGGCUUGAGAAGUUAAAUAAGAAGCUUAAUGAGUCACAUAAUACGGGUGUUCUAGCAGGAUCAUCUGUUGGAACUGGAUUAGGCGGAGCAGGGUUGGGUGCUCUUGCCGUAUGGAAGGGACCUGCUCUAAUUGCGCGACUAAUAACUCGUCUGUAA